UCUUUCUGUGUCUGUGUUUGAGUAAAGCAGAUUGGGAAGAGUAGAUAGCAGACAGAUGGGACAGAAAAUCCAAUACUAAAGGAAGGAAAAAAACUGAAUACAGGAACCUGAGCAACCCUAUAAAAGAAGAAGACGGAUUCUUGUGUGUAUUAUUGCAAGUGGUAGGAUGGCUGGAGUAUGGCGUUGCAUGUUGGCAGUGGUGGUGUUGAUGUGUGUGUGUCUGUGGGGUUCCACUGAGGCUGUAGGGGGGGCCAAGAGUCGACCGAGACCCCAAAAACGACCUCCCAAGAAGCCAAAGGUCGACCCUAUUGACUUGACCCCAGCUGCACAGAACAUAGACAUACAACAGAUGGCAGGAACAUGGUACCUGCUAAACACUGCCUCCAAAUGCUCUUACCUGAUGACUCAUGGAACCAAGGUGGAGCCUACAGUCAUGAUUCUCACACAUUCCUCUGACCAAACACUGUCUGUCAGUACUAAAACACGACAUGAUCACCAGUGUUGGGAGAUAUUACAGGUCUAUGAUCUAACACCGACCACUGGCAAGCUAACACUUAAAGGAACUCGUUCUGAGCUGAACACUGAGAUAGUGAUCGGGGAGACGGACUACAACUCCUAUGCUAUCAUGUACUACCAGAAAAUGGGCAAGAUCACCAUGAAACUCUAUGGCAGGUCUGUAGAUAAUCUGUCAGAGACAAUGUUGACCAAGUUUGAGCAGCUUGCUGAAAAACAGGGUUUGGGACUGGCCUACCUCUUCCCCUUCCCCAACUACAGUCACUGUGGCAGUGUGGACAAGGACCAUGUAAUCAACUGUGUCCCCGCAUGCUGAGGAGGCAGAGCUGUGCAACAGACAGAUCCAGCCUUGCCGUGUUCGGCAGUUCUCACACGAAUAACUGAAUAUUGCAUAAUUUAGGUUGUUGAAAGACUGCACCAAGUUCUUAAAAUUGUAAAACUGUCAAUUUUCAAUGUUGCCAGUUAGAGCUAAAUAAAACAAAAUGGAGCACAA